AACUUUUCGUGGGAGUGGACGUGUCUGUGCUUGUAUUAAAACGAUUUUGAUAUUGUCGGUCGGAAAAUUUGAAACGAAUUAAGGGUUAGAGAGAUUCAUUAGAUUGAAAAGAUGUCGACUAGCCCAAAGCCGGUAAAGAAGGUACCCAUACACUUGCAGAGUGCUCAGAAUCGAGUUUAUAUCAAAAAUGGUGAAAUUGUUAAUCACGACAAAACCUUUAAAGCUGAUGUUUAUAUCGAGGAUGGCAUAAUCAAAUUUGUGGGUCCAGCAUCUGAGAUUACGAUUCCUGGAGGCGUGAGAACCAUCGAUGCCAGUGGUUUGCUCAUUCUGCCGGGUGGAAUCGAUCCCCACACUCAUUUACAACUGCCCUUUGGCGGAGCGGUGGCCGUUGAUGAUUUCUAUCAUGGCACCAAGGCGGCUGUUGCCGGUGGCACAACCAUGAUAAUUGAUUUCGUUUUGCCCAACAAACACGAAUCCAUGAUUGAGGCAUACGACAAAUGGCGUAGCUGGGCCGAUCCCAAAGUAUGCUGUGACUAUGGUCUUCAUGUGGGCAUUACCUGGUGGUCGAAAUCGGUAUCGGAAGAGAUAGGCAUUCUCUGCAAAGAGCUGGGAGUUAAUUCCUUCAAGACAUUUAUGGCCUACAAGGGACUAUAUCAGUUGAACGAUUCCGAUCUGUUGGACGUAUUUGAGCGCAUUAGGCAAUUGAAUGGCGUGGCUAUGGUUCAUGCCGAGAAUGGUGACAUUAUAGCCAAGAAUACCCAACGCCUGUUAGCUGAGGGCAUCACUGGACCCGAAGGACACGAGCUCUCACGACCAGAAGAAGUCGAGGCAGAGGCAGUGCAUCGUGCUUGCGUUUUGGCCCAUCAGGUCGAUUGCCCACUGUAUGUGGUCCAUGUAAUGUCCAAGUCGGCGGGCAUUGAAUUGGCAAGGGCACGCCAUCGGUAUCGAGGUCGUUACAUUGUUGGCGAGACCCUCGCCGCGGCUCUGGGCACUGAUGGGACACAUUGCUGUCAGCUCUUUGAGUUUGAUCAUGCAGCAGCACAUGUGCUCAGCCCUCCCCUGAGACCCGACAAGACAACACCAGAAUUUAUGAUGAAGCUACUGGCGAACGAUGAUCUGCAGUUGACUGGCAGUGAUAAUUGUACAUUCAAUAAGGAGCAUAAGGCUUUGGGCGUGGGUGACUUUACAAAGAUACCAAAUGGUGUCAACGGUCUGGAGGAUCGCAUGUCUUUGGUUUGGGAGAAGGGCGUACAUGCCGGCCUUUUGGAUCCAUGUCGAUUUGUGGCUGUGACCAGCACAAACGCUGCUAAAAUUUUCAACAUUUAUCCACAAAAGGGACGCAUCGCUGUCGGCUCUGAUGCGGAUAUUGUUCUAUGGAAUCCACAGGCAACACGCACCAUUUCUAAGGAUACUCAUCAUCAUGCAUGCGAUUUCAACAUUUUCGAAGGCAUGGUGGUUCAUGGUGUGCCCGAAUUUGUGCUAGUCCGUGGUCGUAUAUGUGUGGAAAACGGAAUUGUGCGUGUCGCCGAGGGCUUUGGUCGUUUUAUACCAACUCCGGUGCGUCCACCUUUUGUCUAUGACAUUAUUGAGGGUAAGGUGCAAUCGUUGCCCGAGGAACAUCAUGAUGAGAAGCAAAAUGGCAAUAUGGCCAAGAAAUUCGCUGAGCUUGAUAUCCAAAUACCUGUGGUGGAACCAAUCGGUGCCAUGUUAGCUGGCAAUUUACCCAUGCCGGCAGAGGGUUCAAUCUGUAGCACACCAUCGGUGCGUGGUCGUGUCGAUGGCAAGCGUGACUUGCAGGAAUCAUCGUUCUCAAUAAGUGAGGAACUUGACAAAUCUGGCGUUCGCGCUUGCAUCAAAGUGAAAAAUCCACCUGGCGGGAAGUCUUCCGGAUUCUGGUAAAAUCGCAGUCUCUCUGAUCAUCGCAUUAUAUAAACAAGAAGAAACAUUAUACAAAUAAUAUAUGUAUGUGCAAUAUGCAUUCGCACAAAGUCUGGGCUCAUUGGAAAACAAAAAAAAAAGGAAAAGAAGAAAAACUGGCAUUUAACAUAAAGUCGUUAUCAACCAAUUAUUUAAUCAAUUCGCAACUUAGAUACAUUUAGCCACAAACUAAUUAAGAACAGAUCGUAAAAUAACUCCCUGCAGCAACGUAAAAACCAAACAAGCAAACAAAACCGUUUUUGCCUUUAGUUAAAUAUACUUUGUUUAGAGUCUUGACUUGCAUAGUUCACAUGCUCUUUUAUAAAGAUGACAAAGAUUAGCUUACUAUAUUGACGAAACUUGAAUAUAGCAUAAGUGUCUGAAAUAACUGAUAUCUAGAACGAAAAAUAACAGUUCUAAAUUAUGCAAGUCUUAUGGCUGUCAGAGUAAGCCACAAAUAUAAUAUUAAAUAUAAGGAUCAGAACCAA